GCCUCUCUUUUCUAAGUUUAAGAGUUUCCUUUACUCUUUCUAACUAAAAUUUUCUCUUUUCUUUCUUUCUGUGUUUUUUCAAACCUUCUCUUGGUUUAGUGUAAUGUAUUUUCUUCCUUCGACUUCUUUUCAAGUAAUAGAUGACAAUUUCACUUCUGUGGUUGCUCAACAAAAACCUUUGCAGCCAAACAAUGCAGGCCAAGGGAUGGUUAUGGUUAACACCACCCAACAGGCUACACCUAAUCAAACAUCAAUUCCACAGUUAGAAGUGGCGGAACUACAGGAAAGUCCAUACACUAUUGAAGAGUUGGCUGCUGAUCCUUCUUUCUCAUCGGCGGCCUUAUGCUUCUACCAAGCUGAUAGAAUGGUUAUUCUGGAAACCCAAAAUCCAAACAAAAGUCAAACUGAAUUAGUGACUAUGACAAUUCAAGAAUGGCAUAGCAAGUUGACGACCAGUCAAAAAGCAAAAUAUCUUAGGAUAGCUGAACGAAUGGGCCUUGCAAGUAUUUGUAGAGCACCUCCAGGGACCCAUGGACAAGGAAAUCUUUUGUCAAUGUCAUCAUACGUUAAUUCAGGCCCACCGCCACCUUAUGGUGCAGGCCCAAUGUGUUUGGAAGAAAUGUUAAAACGAGAACCCAAAAAACCACCUAAAAAUGGUUAUUCACUAUUCACAUCAGAACAAUUAGCCAAGUAUGUAAAUGUUGAACCUCAGAAACGAUUGGCAGAAGUUGCACGGAUUUGGAGGGAGAAUGUCACUCAAGAGGAAAAAGAACAAUACGAUGCUAGGAACAAAGUUCUUCUAGCGCAAUAUCACAGACAAUUGGAAAAUUUCAUCGAGACCCUGACUCCCGAAGAGCGUUAUAUUUAUGAUGAUUAUUGUCGAAAAAGGAACAAGUACAAGCACCACAAGAAAAAGUAUAAGGGCGAUGAUGGUUUGGAACCUAAAAAGAAGAGCAAAAAGAAGAAGGAUGUUGUUCAACAGCAACAACAGCAAGUGCUCCAUCAAUGAAAUCAAUUUGUUUCAACUGAUUUUUCAUCUUAAAUUCUGUAACUGCUUCUUCUAUAACUCUUCUCUUAUUCUAUUUCUUUCCAAUCUCUCUCUUUCUCUCUCUCUCUCUUUCUCCCCUUGUUCAUCAUCAUUACCAUCGUCUUCGUCUUCUUGUUUAAUUAUAACUUGUGAUUUAUCAAUUAACCGAUGUAUCUAAACAUCAUCACAUUAAUUACAACACUGACUGUAUUAUAAAGAUAAUUAUAAAACCUAAAAAAGCAAGACCAUUAAAAAAAGACAAAACAAAGAUGAAGAACUGUAAAAAAUGGUCAUGUAUCAACAUCUAAAUCAAUCUAAUACACAUAAAAUAUACUAAAAACAUUGUGA